UUGAACAUACAAACAAUUUUAACUGUGUUCGAUUUCGGUUGCAAUAAAAUAAACGAUUGGCGCUGUUAAAACAUUACUUGGCGUUUUACUUAGCAAGUAUCCAAUAACAAUCAAAAAACAAUCAUGUCCCUGCAAUCUGAUGCCGUAUUCCAAAAAAUCAUUGAUGGACUUAAGGAGAAUGAGGCAAAGGCCAAGUCUGUGAAUGGCGUGUUCCUUUACAAAAUCACCAAGGAUGGCAAGGUGGCCAAAGAAUGGACUCUGGAUUGCAAGAACGCCAAGGCAUACGAGGGACCCGCGCAGGGAAUUAAGGUCGACACUACACUGACUGUGGCCGAUGAGGAUAUGGUAGACAUUGCUUUGGGCAAACUGAAUCCUCAGGCUGCUUUCAUGAAGGGCAAACUGAAGAUUGCCGGCAACAUUAUGCUAACACAGAAGCUGGCGCCGCUGCUUAAGACCGACGCUAAAUUGUAAACAAUGUGCCGCAUGAGAGGCUCCAAAUUCCUUAUACCACAUUCUUGUUUACAUUGUUAAUGUUUUCUUUUUUUUGUACUUUUGCAUACAAUAAUACAUAAGUUGGCCGAAAGA